CCAAAAACGAGGCUAGAUUGUAUCCCUUAUGAUCUCUAUCUAGAUAUCUUCUCGAGAUUGCCAGCAAAAUCAAUCGGGAGGUGUCACUGCGUGUCAAAGCGAUGGAGGUCCAUGCUUCGCCGUCCAUAUUUCAGCAAGUUGUUCCUGACCAGGUCAUCGGUUCGUCCCCGUCUCUUGUUCGCUGUCGCUGUCGCUGUCAAACGAGGCUCUAAGUUGCUCUUCUUCUCGUCGCCUCAACCUCAGAAUUCAUAUGAGAGGUCUUCUCUGGUAGUACGCGCCGAAUUACAUUCGACCUUCUCUGAAAACACAAGCGUUAGAUACAGUUGCAGAUAUUCCUCUGGUUUGAUCCAUUUCUCUAGGGGGAGAUCAAAUGAGGUAAUAUGUAACCCUAUCACGGGACAGUAUACGAUCUUACCUGAAUUGAAAACGUGCGGACCGAUAAGAAGAUGCUUUCUAGGGUUUGAUCCGAUUGACAUGCAACAUAAGGUAUUGCUUGCAGACUCUACAGAUUAUUAUGAAACGGUUCAUUAUGUUAUGACAUUAGGAACUCAAAAUAUGACGUGGAGGAAGAUUCAAUGUCCAUUCAGCUAUACGGUUGGGUAUGAAGGGAUUUGCAUCAAUGGGGUUUAUUAUUACUUAGUUAAAAGAAGUGACGACUAUGCAACGCCUGGAAUAGUUUGCUUUGAUGUUAGGUCUGAGAAAUUCAAGUUUAUUGAGAACGUAUUCUGUUAUGGUAAACAGUUGAUGAAUUAUAAGGGUAAAUUAGCUGCUAUUAGUUUGUGGUAUAGAGAAUCUGGUGGAAGGCUUGACCUUGAGUUGCGUACGUGGGUUCUAGAGGAUGUUGAGAAACAGGAAUGGUCAGAAUCUUUCUACUCUUUGUGGAGUAGUAAUCUCCCUAACUCCUAUACUUUUUCCGUUGUUGGAGUGACUGCUACAGGUGAAAUUGUUUUGUCCAAGAAAAAUACAUCUAAACGGUUUCAUGUUCUCUACUUCAAUCCCCAAAGGAACACUCUCCAACAUGUUGGAGUCCACUGUAACCAUGAAGCGAUGGAGAAUUCGAAUACAGUACUUUACACCUUUGUAGACCAUGUUGAGGAUCUUAAGCUGAAUAAUCUUUUGACGACAACAUGUGCCGCAACGUCUAUAAGCCCACCGGAACAGAAUUGUAAACCCACGAGCAGCAUAUCAACAUCAUAUAGAGAAAAAGACCAUGAAGUGAUGAUGAUCGUUGCUGAUCACCCGCAACAAGAUCCUGGUUCGUUUGAGAGCAUUAACAAAUUUGAAGCUCUGCGUCUAUUAGAUGAUGAUGAAUUUACAGGUAUCAAAACCUGUGAGUGUGACACCUCUCAUUUACAGGUUUCGUGUAAGCUUUUAUCACUUUGUUGUCUUGUUAGUUUGUUUUUCCUGGUUAUAUAUAUAUGUCUUAAUUUUGUUACACGAAUCCUAGGAAUAAACUAAUGU